AAUAUUGUGUCGUUGUGUUACCUGCUCAAGGACCCUCUCCCUCGAUUGCAAGUGCCUGACACUACAUAAAAGUCCAAACGAAGAGUGGCGCCCCUACCGACGACUGACAAUGUUUCCGUCCGGCCAACGGCGGCUUGGGGAAGCGAGCGGACGUUUAUAACGGAAACAGCAUUGCAGCUGCUAUGAAAAUCUAACAAACGUGGGUCGUUACUUCAACUGAGUCUCCGGUUAUUGCGAGACAGGCAGCAGGGAGAAACGAUUGGCCACUUAGCAGUAGGAAAAUAAAUUUUUCGCCGCCCGCAAGCCGUUAUCUCGUUGUCAAACAUGCACACUAAAUGCAUUCAUUCGCUCGCUAGAAGAACUUUACUGAGCAUUGGAAGGCGCGAAGUCCGAGAGAUAAGUUACAUAGUAUCUAGUCAGAAUUGUCGUUUAUGUAAAGGUUGUAAUGUUUUUGUAUUAAAAAGCUUCAAAAGGAUUGGUAUAUACGUCAAGUGAGAGUCGGGUAACAAACGGAACAGCAGGCACAUUUAACGAGUACGCAAUGGAUGGUAUUGAGGUCUAUUUGCGUCUUAAACCUGUGGCUGCAGAUGAGACGGAGAUCGUUGAAAUACAUAGCGACCGGGCAAUUAUCAUUAGUCCUUACGUUGCCGCCAGGUACGGGGCUAUCAAAAAAAGUAUCAAGUAUACAUUUGAGCAUGUUUUUACCGUACAAAGUAGUCAGGCCGAAGUUUUCGACAGAGUUGCUAAACCAUGCGUGCACGAUGUAUUGUCGGGCAGGCCAGCACUGAUUUUCAUGUAUGGCUUCAUUGGAUCCGGGAAAACACAUACGAUAAGUGGUAUUCCUCAAAAUGCAGGGAUUCUGCCUCGCGCCUUGGACCUAUUAUUUAACAGUCUUCCUUCGAAUUUGAAGGCGAUGAAAUUCAUCUUCAAACCUGACGGACAGAACGGCUACAACGUUAACACGCAGGCCGGCGCAAUGCUCGAUCGUCAGCGGUUGCAGAACGCAAUGUUGGCUAAUAAAGAUUCUAUCACUUCGUCGUUGGAGCAAACUCCUGCGAAAAUAAAGCACCAGAAUGAGUAUAAAGAAUGGCUUAAUCGACGCAAGGAUUCUACGCGGGUUCGAAGUAACAUUCCCGAAUAUUAUAGGGUAGCAAUUUUUGUCCAGUAUAUUGAAAUAUACAACGAUAGAAUAUACGACCUUCUAGAAGAAAGUUGUACUGAGGUGCAGAGUCAAGCCAGGGGUCCGCAAGUGCUUUUACGCGGGGUAGAUAUGAAAUAUGCGUUUGGAGCUACUGAAAUCGAGGUUGAAAAUGCCGACGAGGCAAUAGAGGCGUGGUUGCGUGGACAGAGUCGCAAACGGAUGGCAAGGGCAUCGAUGAACACUGAAAGCUCACGAAGUCACUCAGUUUUCAUAGUGAAGAUCGUUCAAGGGCCGAUUAACGAAAGAUCUGGGGAAGUUCUGCAGGAAAAAGGAAACAUUAAAUCUACUCAACUGAACCUAGUCGAUCUGGUUAGUUGUAAACAGCAAAAAACCAGCGGUGCAUGCGGUGAUCGUUUCAGAGACGCAACUAACAUCAAUCAGUCACUUACAGUACUGCGAAAAUGUCUAGAGUAUAUGCGCAAAAAUCAAGUAAGUCCAAAUGCUCACAAGAAUAUACCGUAUAGCGAAUGCAAACUGACUGACCUUUUCAAGAAUUUUUUCGAAGGUCGGGGCAAAGUCAAAAUGGUCGCGUGUAUCAAUCCACGCGCCAAAGACCGUGCUCAAAUCCUUGAAGUAUUGAAAUUUGCUGAGACCGCGCAAGAAAUUGAACUUCAGCGAAUUCGAGAGCCUGACAGGAUACGGUCCUACAUCGAACCAACACCAGCUCCGUCCCUUGACAGUGCCCAAAGAGUACCAUCAUGUAAAUCAAAUUGCGUUCCCGCCAAUGACAGUGAUGAUAGUCACGAAGAUAGUGAUUACCACGACGAUGGUGAAGUCGCAAUGGCGAUGGUUAUGAAACAACUCGACGAGGCUAAAGAGUGGAUGAGUACCAAAAUGGUACGCGAUGAAGCAUCUAGGAUUGUCAACGAGUGCACCAAAGAAUGGGACGAUGAGCGACGACAAUUGAAAGCAAAGUUAACUUGCAGUGAAAAAGAGUGCAAACGACAGGCAAAGCUUAUCCAAGGCCAAGAGGCGGAGAUUAAUCAGUUACGUAACGAAAUUGAGGACCUUAAACAAACGUUGAUUGAAAUAGAAUCAAAAAAAGAGUGCGCUGAAAAACGGGCCGACCGGUUCGAGGAAACGUGCCGUAAAGCCAGAAACGAGCAGAUUCGAAUAAAAAAUUACGUAGAGUCGAAAUAUGCAAGAAAGAACGAACUUCUUGUUGCUAAGUAUAAUAAGAUGGUGCGUGAACGGAUAAAUCAGGCCAUGAAUGAGGGCCGUGCUCGGGGCAAAAAAGACUUGAUCAUGGAUCUCCUUCAAACGGACGAGUAUAAACACCUGGAUUUUUCCGGACCGGAAAGUCCGUUAGAAACUGUCAAAAAAGAACCACAAAAGAAACAGCCGUUUAAAGAGCAAGCUCUAAACGUUUGUACAAAUCAGACGCACAAGAACACAGAUUGUAGUAACAGUGCGAAAUCAGCCGACACCAUUUCGGAACCCGACUUGAGCGAUACAGAGGGAACAGUAACGGCUGCAAGUCCAAAAAGUGCCUCGCCUAUAUACCAAAGCGAAUCAAAAAGAGUUGACGCGCGCUGGUUGGAGCACAUAGACGCCACUUCAGAUCCACAGAAAGAUGUUUUCUUACAGCCACACAAAUCAAGAAAAAAAAGCGUGACAAAGCUCGAAACAAAAGAUCUCAAGUCCGUUGAAAAAUAUGCGCUCGUGACAGCCGAAGGAUCUAAUUAUCAGGUUGUGAGGGGUGAAGUACGAAAUUUGCCUACUGGUGGCACUUCUGUCGUGUUUACGGAUGUCGAGGUACUGGGGAAAGAAAAACUUGGUACAACAGGCAAGAGUAAAAAUUCAGAAAGUAACAGUGAUCAAGUAGGACCAAGGGUUACCAGAAAGCGGUGCGGCGUAGCUAUUGAGGGACACCCGUAUAUGAAAAAUGUUGUGCUACGCGAUAACCAUGUGAAAUUUUUUGAUACAUAUGGACAGACGCGCCUAUAGUUAAAGGCGUCAGAAGAAGUUUAGUCAGCGAAACUGUGAACUUAUCGAAACACAGAAAGAUAUUGCUAAAUGCGGAAAACAUAAUAUUGUAAUUAUAUAUACAUAUAUCUAAAUGUUGUACCAUAUUAUGCAAAGUGAAUUGUGCACGUAAUUAUAAUAAAUUUUCAUUGUACCAUUCCAAAGGUUUAAUAUUAUAAGAGUUGACUAAAUAAUUAACUCGUUUCACUUAAGAAUUGGAUUACAGCUGGCCUAUUUAUUCGCUGAUUAUUUCAUAUUUUUUUCUGGCUAAAGCUCGGCCUUGAGUGUCUCAUAACUUCUGGCUCUGGGGUCCUUUGGAUACUGUUAAGGAAGCCGCGAAGCGCGCUCAUCACCUUAUUUCGUGUUAAUAUAAUAUCAGAUUAACAUUAUGAUAAUAAUAUUAAUAUUGGAUUGUAUCAUAAGGAUUCAUAUCAUUUUGUGUAAUAUUAUCAGCAUAAUAUAAAAUGAGUCCUGGAAAACUAUGACUUUGUAUUUUUAAUAGCUAGUUGCUGGACAAUGCCAGCGGCCACAUAUCGGCAAUUCCUAGAACGAAAGGAAGUGAACUUUAGUUAGAGAAAGAAGUUAGCGUAACUAAGCCGGACCGCGUAUCAAGCUGCAGAACUCUAGACAACGUAAUAGGCAUGCCUACAGCGUCUACGAAUCGGUGUAACGUCAAUAGACGCUCAAAGGGCAUGGGAUACGCCUGAUGCAAAUAUAAUAUAGGAAUAGUUUAAUUUUUCAAAACAAUCCCCUUCAAGUAUGUUGACAUAUCGAAUUAAGUUAGAUCUAGACAGGUUUCUGCAAGUUCCGCCUGUGGAAUUGUAAAGCUCGCUGCGAUCACUGCAGUGCCAAAUGGAGCCGAGCUGCUAGGCUCUUGCUGUCGAAAAAAUUUCGCCAGAAGCCAUUCGACUCCAUUAAUGAUUUUC